AUGAAACAUUGCAUAAAUCAAUUAUUUACACCGAAUGAGAUUAUCCGUGGAAGACACAACGAAGUGAACGAACGAACGGAUAAAAUAAAAGGUAAACCAUUCGAUUAUUACCAGCUUCGACGCGAUAUUCAACCAAUAUCUUUAGUUGCAAUUGGUGCUGCAUACUUCAACAAUGAUCCGCACAAUAUACGAGGCUUUUGGGAUAGUGUCGGGAAGAUUACCAGAGGUAAUCAAAAGCGUGGACGUGUUUUUCGACGACGAACACAAACGCAAGCAUUUGUUUCAGCAAGAGUGAAUCGGAAUGAUGAUCAAACUGAUGAACAAAGCCAAGAAGUCGAUGAUGAUCAAUCGGAUGAGCAAACUGGCAGUCAAUUGCUGUUAUAA